CUAAAGCUAGAAGAGAUAUACACUCAUGGCUAGAACCUUGCUGAUUCUAAAGCAAAUAUUUCACAAGUUUGCAGCCUCUUCUCCAUCCGAUCUUCCAAUUCUAGGGCUGGUGUCAGGUUUCUAUCAGAAGAGACCUAUAACCUACAUGCCCCGACCUGGUGACGGUUCUCCAAGAGCUGUAACCCUGAUUCCAGGUGAUGGAAUUGGUCCUCUUGUCACAAAUGCAGUUGAACAAGUCAUGGAGGUGAUGCAUGCUCCAGUCUAUUUUGAGCGAUAUGAAGCUCACGGCAACAUGAAUAUGGUUCCCCAAGAGGUAAUUGAUUCAAUCAAGAAGAACAAAGUUUGCUUGAAGGGUGGUUUAGCCACUCCAGUUGGAGGAGGUGUAAGCUCACUGAACGUUCAACUGAGAAAAGAUCUUGAUCUCUUUGCAUCACUUGUGAAUUGUGUCAAUAUGCCUGGCGUGUUGACAAGGCAUGAUAAUGUCAAUAUUGUUGUGAUUCGGGAGAAUUCAGAAGGGGAGUACUCAGGGCUUGAGCACGAGGUUGUUCCCGGAGUUGUCGAGAGCCUGAAGGUGAUAACAAAGUUCUGCUCAGAGCGAAUUGCAAGUUAUGCCUUCGAAUAUGCUUACCUAAACAACCGAAAGAAAGUGACAGCUGUUCACAAAGCCAACAUUAUGAAGCUUGCAGAUGGUCUUUUCUUAGAAUCUUGUCGUGAAGUUGCAGCAAAGUAUCCUGAAAUUGAGUACACUGAAAUUAUUGUUGAUAACUGCUGCAUGCAACUUGUUUCAAAGCCAGAACAAUUUGAUGUCAUGGUGACACCCAAUCUUUAUGGCAACCUAGUGGCUAAUACAGCAGCAGGUAUUGCUGGGGGCACUGGUAUUAUGCCAGGAGGAAACGUGGGUGCUGAUUAUGCCAUUUUUGAGCAAGGUGCUUCAGCUGGCAAUGUAGGAAAUGAGAAAUUAGUGGAGGAGGAAAAGGCAAACCCAGUGGCGCUGCUUCUCUCAUCCGCCAUGAUGCUUAGGCAUCUCCAAUUUCCUAAAUUUGCAGAUCGAUUGGAGAAAGCAGUGAAGCAUGUAAUCUCAGAGGGGAAGUGCCUUACAAAAGAUCUUGGGGGAAGUUGCACAACCCAACAAGUGGUUGAUUCCAUCAUUAAAGCUCUGGACUGAGUGAACAGAUCCAUUAGAUUAUUUUGUCGUGCUAGAAUCUGGCUUCCAAUACAUGGA